AUGAGUGGGCGGCAAAUGCGGGAGAGGCAGCGCAACGGUGUGCUUGACUUUAAGCAGGCACUGCAGCGAUGUAGGACAGAGGUGCAAGAAAGUAGGAUGUUUGCAGACUUAACAACGCAUCUGGAGCCACAUAAAGAACGUCUGACGCGGAUACGAUGCCUUGCACUGGGGAAAUUCCACGAAGAGGCACCUGCCAGGUGGCAGCUGGCACUGUUACUAGAGCUUGUAGAUUACUUGGGCCAUGAAGUGCAGUGCUCUCUCUACGAUCCCGCUUUUACGGCGGAAGAGCUGUCUUAUGUGGAGCAGCUGGGAGAACGAUGGAGCGUUGACGAGCAGUCGCCAUGGAGUACGGAGUCUAGCGACAAGCUGCUCUUCUUUCUGCCUCAUGCACCAUUGUCAUUGACGGAGAGCGUGGUCGAAGCCGAACAACCAAGACUGUGGCUUGCGAAUCAGCUUGUGCAACACACAGACCGUUAUACGAAAGCGCAGCUGUUUGAGAAGUAUCCGCUGAUCAGUAAGUUGGUCAGCUAUCUUGAUAGCGGCAGUAAAGUGGGAACAGCAUCUACCGACGGAUUCAGCGCAUUUGUCCCUAAAAGGUCUCGGCGGCAGCGGCGAAAUAAAGCCGUAUAUAGAGAACCUGACAUUGACUAUGGCUCCGUCAAGUCAUAUUUUACAGGAUGUACGGUACUGACGGAUUUCUCUGGAGGGGAGCUGCUUCGAGACAAACCGUGGCUGAACGCCUUUUCAGACUUGGCUUUGCACCGAAUUGAAUUGGGUGUCAAACAAGUAGAACGGCCCGCGGAUAGCAUUUGA